CGAAGGAGGCCUCCGCCUCCUCCUCUUCCUUUCGGCGCUUCCCGGUAGCUUGAGGGUUGCCAUGGCGACCCCGACAGCCGCGGCCUGCUUGUUACCCUUCGACCACGGCAUAAAGGAAGAUCGCGGCGGGAGGGGCAGGAGGAGGGGGCGUCGCCCCGCUCCGGGAGUGGACUGCCUUCACAGUCCCCGGGAAGUCGGCCAAGUGGUUUCUCAUCAAAUGGAGGAAAAGUGGACUUCCUCAGAAACUGAUGGUGCUGGUGGUGAUAAUGCAGAAAACAAAAGGAGAGAGGUUUCUGAUUCCGGUUCAUCAAGUCGUAUCUGCCAGGCUCUUGACAAGCUUGCGUCUAAUUCUACAAUCUCUCUGGAUCUGAGUAGAAAAGAUCUACAGCAUCUAACGGAUGACAUAUACAAGUUACUUAACCUUAGACAUUUGCAUCUGGAAGGAAAUGGCCUGUCUGUAGUUCCUGAGGAUUUCUUUCAGAAUGUGCCAAACCUUGUUUGGCUUGAUCUGCGUUACAACAAAAUUAAAGAGCUUCCCCCUGGAAUUGGAUGCCACAAGCAGUUGAAAACGCUGCUGUUGGAAAGAAAUCCUAUUAAAAGAUUGCCUGUUGAGCUUGGUAACUUAAGUUCACUUACAGCUUUGAAUCUCAGGCAUUGUCCCCUAGAAUUUCCUCCUCUUGAGGUGAUACAGAAGGGCCUGUCAGCCAUUCUAUCCUUCCUUCAAAGGAUGAUUGGUGAGGAUCUUGACUAUAGAGAACCUGCUACUCCAGAAAUUCCUCCUGUUGAAAAGUUGAACUUGACAGACUUCACAAAAUCCAGUUUGGAUUUGUCAGACGGGUGGCCUAAUGAAGAGGAAAUGGUACGGUUUCAGAAGCUAAGAGACGAACUUAUACAAGAUGAAAGAGAGGAGUACCUGGGUAACAAAAUGGUCCCCAAUGAAUCCAUGCCUUCGUUAAGAAGACCAAAGACUAAAGAGAAGCUCUCUCGUAAAUCAUCCACGUUUUCAUGCAGGACUUUGGCAAGAGGCAAGAAGACCCUGGUCCCUGCAAUUUCAUCAUACGAUGUGCUCAUUCAGAGUAAGAAGGUAGAACAGUGCCGAUUGGCAGCACUAAAGGACAUGAAGGAGAAACAAGCUUUAAUCGAACAGCGGAGAAAAGAUAAAGAAGUGCUUCAGAAAUGGAGGAGACGGAGCAGGAUGAUGAAAGAGAAGAAGGCCGUAUCAUACUCGUUCGAUAAAGAAGAGACUGAGGUUUCUCGAAAUGCACCUUACGCAACAGACAAUAUGAAGAAUCAGGACAAGCUGGAAGACUGGAAAGAAACAAGCAAGCAAGAUGAACAAAUGGAGAUGACCCUAAACUUAAUGAAAACGACAGACGAGUUAAGAGCAGCCAAACGCAAGGAAGUGGAGAACCGCAUCAGACAGCACACACAAAUGAUGAAAGAAAGAAGAAAAAGGUUAACAGGGAUCCCUCAAGAAGAUAUGGAGAGAGCAAAACAAGACUAUGAGAUUGCUGAAAACCUAGAACAGCAGCUAGCAGAUCUGAAAAGAGACAUAAACCAGGAAUAUCGUUUCACUGCCUUUACAGGAGAAGUGGAACCACCAGAGAAUCCACUGCCUAUCAACAAGCCUCCAAAUAUCUUUUCUAAAAUGACAUUUUAAAUUAUAUUAAAGAGAAUUCAACAUGCAGCAACCACCUGCACCAGUUUGCUUUACAGUUGAUCUGCUUUUAACCAGACUUUCAAAUUCUUUCCUUUUCUCCUUUGUUCUUGUUUGUUUUGCUUUGGAAUGUAAAAAUUGGAAUCUUUCGCACUCACCACCCUCCCCGUGUCAAUAUGUGCCUACAAGGUUUUGAAGUGCCUUCCGUUACUGCAUGGUUUUAAUGCCGAUUAUUGUUAAUAUUACCUUCCUGGAACCCUGCUUCCGAGAUGAGCCUCGAAGAUAUUUGUAGUAAUUCUCAAUCUCUUUUAAGAUCCAGUGGAGCAGAAUUGCAGGAUAUCCUACAAUUCUAAUGUAAUGAGCCUCUCUAAUGAAAGGGAAAGCUCACACCUUCUAAAUGAAGAGUUUUUUUAAAAAAAAACACCCAGUGAUUGGUAAUAUCCUUAAUAAACAUAUUUCCAGCUGUAGAGAGUGGAAGGUUAUCAGAUUGGCAUUCAACCUCCUGGAGGUUUUAAAGAGCAGCAAGUGACUCACCUGGCCACUUUCUGCUGUGUCUCCUUAGGCAGAGAUCAGUUUUGUAACUCAUCAUUAAAGCCGUCAUGUUUUAGUUCAAGAGUUUUUUCACUAUGGAUCAACAUGCAGUUUUGGUUUCUAUGUCCUUGGGAAGAAUCAAAUCUCUCUCCCCCCCCCCCAAGUUUUGGUGUCAGCAAUAUUUUUUCAAGGUCUUUGUGGUUGUGGACGAUUAGAAACUACAGGAGGAACUUGAGGAGCCAAGGCUUGAAAAUAAAUCAUCUUGCUUACGCAAAUAUUAACCCGAUGCAAUGUUUCACACUUAGACUGAGAAGAAGAUCAAAUAUCACUUUAGCAGGGAAUCUUCGCCAGCCUUCUAAGAUAUAACCUAUUUUAAAUACCUUUGAAAUAAGGGCACUUUUCAUGAAGAUUUGAGGAACAAGACAUCCUUGUUGUUGCACAAUCAUGACCUGCUGUGCUCUUGAUGCUAUCAGGGCAGCCACAUACAAUCCUGCUUUUAAUGCCAUUGGCAC